AUGUCGCAACCGUACGGCGAAUCAGCUGGCUACUACGGUGGCCAGCAGCAACAACAGCAACCUUACGAUCCAAAGUAUGCCCAGCAAUACAACAACGGGUACCAGCAGGGCUAUGCUCCUCCUCCUCCUCAACCCUACGGCUAUGAGAAUGGGAGUAAUGGCUACGGAUAUAAUGCGCCGCCCCAGGGCCACGAUCCGGAAAAGUACACUUUCGAGGAGGCGUUCAAGAUUGAGAAGCCAAAGUGGAAUGAUCUCUGGGCUGCUAUUCUGUUCAUCCUUGUGUUCCUCGGAUUCGCAGCAGUCUCUGGGCUCACGAUAUCUGGCUACUCAUCUACCAAGUCUCUCAAUGGUGGCGGCAUCUACGAUGGCGGCAACACCUUCGGCCUAAGCACCCACACCAUCGUUCUCUUCGCCUUCUGUCUCGCUGUCGCCGUGGUCCUGAGUUAUGCCUAUGUCUGGCUUGCGCGCCUGUUUCCCAAGGCCUUCAUCUGGGUCACGGGCAUCCUCAACAUCGUCUUCGCAUUGGUUACGGCCAUUUACAUGCUUUCAAGACGCUACUACUCUGGCGGCAUCGUCUUCUUGAUCUUCGGUGUGUUUUUGGUUAUCGCCUUCAUCAGCUGGAUCCCGCGCAUCCCCUUUUCGGCCCUGAUGCUCAAGACCUCGAUCAAAGUCUCAAAGAAGUACGGCCACGUCUAUCUGGUGUCUUUCAUCGGCGGUAUGAUUGGUGCCGCCUUUGGCGCCUGGUACUCUGUUACUCUGGUUGCGACGUACUCCAAGUACCAGCCCUCUCCCAACAACCCACAGUGCAGGAGCGGCCAAUGCGGUCAAGGCAAGGUCAUCGGCAUCAUUGUCUUCAUCACCUUUGCCAUGUACUGGAUCUCCGAGGUUCUCAAGAACGUCAUCCACGUCACCAUCUCGGGCGUGUACGGGUCAUGGUACUUUUGCGUCAACAAUUUCCCCAGGGGCGCGACUCGCGGCGCGCUGAAGCGAUCUUUGACCUACAGCUUUGGAUCUAUUAGCUUCGGUAGCUUGAUUGUCGCCAUCAUCAACUUCUUGCGCCACCUUUGCUCCGUUGCCAGGUCUCAGGCAGCCGGCGAUGGCAACAUUGUUGGAUAUGUCCUGUUUUGCAUUCUCGGCUGCAUCAUCGGCCUUCUCGACUGGGCCGUGUCGUUCCUUAACCGCUAUGCAUUCUCGCACAUUGCACUCUACGGCAAGGCGUACAUUCCCGCCGCGAAGGAUACCUGGAAGAUGAUCAAGGAUCGUGGCAUCGAUGCCCUUGUCAAUGUGAGUUUUCUUAUGAUACGUGACAGAGUAAAGUGCGCAGCUAACCGAACAACCAGGAAUGCCUCAUUGGACCCGUCCUCUCCUUUGGCGCCGUUUUCAUCGGCUAUGCCUGCGCUUUCCUUGCCUACCUGUACAUGGUCUUCACCCACCCUGCCUACAACCAGACCGGAAGCUACACUCCCGUUGUGGUCGCUUUUGCGUUCCUCAUCGGUAUGCAAAUCGCCAACGUGUUCACGACGCCCAUUUCCAGUGGCAUUGACACGAUCUUUGUUGCCGCGGCUUGGGAUCCUCAAGUUAUGA